AUGUUACGUAAAAAAUUCAGUUAUAAAGAUACAAAUAAACAGUUCACUAUUCGAAAUCAUUAUUCUCAUAUACCACAAGCUAAUGAUUAUAUUGAGCAAAUUUAUCUACUAAUGAAAUUGAUAAUAUUUACAACUGAUGGAAUAAAUUAUUUGAAUGAAAAUCAGAACUAUAAGGAUACUCUUAUUGAAGAAUACCCACCAGAUGAUGGAUAUGCUACCGAUUCAGAUAAUUUGGAAUCACAAAAAGAAAAUUUCGAACGGUUACAAAAUAAAAGGUUAGAGGAACGAAAUAUAAACGGUAUCUAA